AUGGGUGACAACACCGCCACUAGCAACGAAGGAGAGGCGCGAGCCCAGCAUUUAUGUAUUCUAAUUCACGGAUUAUGGGGCAAUCCAAAACACCUAUCUUUCCUUGCACAGGCUUUGCGCGCAAAGCACUCGGAACACAAGCUCCACAUACUUGUGCCAAAGGCCAAUCAGGACUCAUUCACCUACGACGGCAUCGACUUGGGCGCCGAGAGGAUUACUCAAGAGAUCGAAGAGUACAUAAAGCAUCUCGAAACCGAAGGCAAUUCCAUCAAAAGACUCAGUGUCGUUGGGUAUUCGCUUGGAGGCCUUGUCGCUCGCUAUGUGAUAGGCCUCUUAUACACAAAGAGCUAUUUUGACAGAAUUGAACCUGUGAACUUUACAACCUUUGCAACACCUCAUUUGGGCGUCCGGACACCAAUCCUAGGCUAUCAUUCGCGAUUAUGGAACCUACUAGGAUCUAGUACACUCAGUGCUUCUGGCAGGCAAUUAUUCACAAUAGAUACUUUCCGGAACUCUGAUAAAUCGCUUGUUGCGCUACUCGCCGACCCAAGCACCAUCUUCAUCCAAGCCCUUCGUCUGUUUCGAAAGCGGGUGCUCUAUGCCAACUGCGUCAAUGACCGUAGUGCACCUUAUUAUACGACCUGCAUCACCGGAAAAGACCCAUUUCAAAACCUUGAAAGCAUUUCCUUGAACUACCUGCCAGAUUACGAGCCUAAUAUUCUAGACCCAGAAAACCCUAUAACAGUGUUACCUGAGACAGAUCAGGCACCACUGGUCACCCGAGUGGUCUCAAGCACGCAGACAAUGUUACCCCAGAUCCCACUAUAUGCGCUCCUCACCGUCCUAAUACCCAUAGGGUCAGUUGCGUUCUUUGUGAAUUCUGGUAUCCAGUCUAUCAGAAGUCAGCGGCGCAUUCGGCUUCAUGAAGAGGGUAAAGCAGGGAUUGGGUUUGGAAACUACCGUAUCCCGUUCGUCAUCGAGAACGCGAAAGAGGCCGUUACGGACGCGCUUGAAAGAGUAAACUCUAGGCAAGGAGCUCUGCUUUCACGCUCCGAAUCCUUCUCAAACGGCUCCGUAGCUAAGCCGAACCUGCCCCAUGGCGUAAAUAGCGACCAAUCCAAACGCAUCCCUGAUCUAGCCCUUUCUCCAGAGCAGUUCGAAAUGAUCAGAAACCUGGACGAGGUCGGCUUCACCAAGUUCCGCCCGCUUUCUGACAAUAUUCAUGUACAGUCCUUCAGCUCUGCUGGAAGGGCAAAACUCGCCGUUAACGUCGAUGGAGGACGCGCAAUGUGCCAACUACACCCAGGUCAGUCGAUAUGGUUGGCAGAUAUGGCCCUCACAAUUGUGCCCAAGGAGCAUGCGGAUCUGCCUCUCAUCACUUCACCUUACAUAGUAUCGUGGUACGAUAGCGAUGUUGACCACAUCAGCCAGCCGCAGCACUUUGAUGGAGGAUUAGAGGACACAGAGAACAUCAUGUCUUCAAAGACACCUCAACAGAUGGAGCCUGCUAUUUUUGACGAUGGUCCAGGUUCCAACCCUUCCUGUGAGACGCCCGACCAUUCAGACUGCAUACUUACCGAGAGAAGUCCGAAUGCAAUGUCAGGCACCAAAUUGUUGGCUCACCCGAGUGUCUUUGGGCCAAGAGAUCUUCGAGCAAUAACUCUACAGGAAGAUGAGGACGGAAUGUCCACCAAUGUGAGGCAAGAAGAUCGUGAUCUCCUACUAGAGCCGCAACAGCAGCGUCCAACACCAACCAAGAGAACAUUGUCUCGGGCAGCUUUCGAGUCCCAGGACACCCAAGACAGUCUGAAAGGGUCUAUUUUCGUCAAUAGAAAUCAUGCAGAAGCUAAGCAACAAGAUGAUUCAGCUGUAAAGAAACGGCGAAUAACGGGCAGUGAAGACCGGCAUCUACCUUCCAGUACCCCUGAGCUUUCCAAAGGAGGGCAAACCUUGCCAGAACCAAGUGUCACCUCGUUCGCGAGUGCUCGCCGAAGCUCUCGGGCCAAGGCUCCUGGUGGAACGCCAGUUGCUUCGAAGGGAGGAGAAACAUGUGUUGUUUUUGCAAGCACCAGCGCUGUUGGCGAGUCAUCAAAUUUUCGGAAAUUCCUGAAUAAACAAAAGGUCAGAAUAUCAACUUCGGUUCAGGAAUGCACCGCACUGAUCGUGGGCAAGGGUGAGAUUAAGAAAACAGCCAAGAUGCUGAUGGCGAUCCAACUAGGGAAGCAGAUUAUCCAUGAUGCAUGGGCUACGGAGAGCGCCAAAGCCGGGCGAUUAUUAGAUAUGGCUGCAUACCAGGCCGCGGAUCCACUUAGAGAAGUCGAGUGGGGCGUCAAUCUCAAAGAAGCCGUGAAACGUGGUAGGGAGGGAGUAAGAGCAAUGGAUGGCUAUGACAUUGUCUUUACGCCAGCGGUUAAAAAGGAAGUCGGGAACGGGUUCAAGGAUCUCAAGGAGCUCGCAAGCAUGGCUGGGGCAAGCAGCAUCUCGAAUACGCUGCCGAAGACUUCUUACGCGAAGACAUCGCCUACAAUCGUCAUCGCUACUUCCGACCACGAUCCAGCUUUGAAGAAGUUGAACGGUACUUGGAAAGGCUUCUCUAGGGAUAUAAUUUCAAUGAGUGUUUUGCGCGGUAUACUUGAUACUGAGAGCGACGAAUUUUUGGUUCACCGUGCGAGUGACAGUGCAGGUCGCAAGUAA